AUGGUCACCUACCGCUAUCACCGGGGUCUGCACGAGCCUGUACGAGAGACGAUGCCUAUACCCGCACCAGAAGCAAACGAAGUUCGCAUCAAGAUCCUUGCGGGAGGUGUCUGUGGCAGCGACGUCAGCAUCUUCAAGGGCACCUUGCAGCCGCGCGUAGACACCUUCACUGCGGGUCAUGAAGGAGCAGGUAUUAUCGACGCACUUGGGUCGUCAGUGGAAGCGACGUAUCCUGAGUUCAGCCUCGGGACGUACGUGGCGAUUCUUGGGGUAAACCCGUGCCUCCAGGAAGCGUGCGUCCUGUGCUCCAUGGGUCGAGAUAACCUUUGCUACACCCUGCAUAUGGUCGGGUUGGGAGUAGACGGGUCCUGGGCAGAGUACUGUGUCGUACCGGCCUCGACCAUAGUCGCUGUACCAGGGAGUCCUUCGGACAUAGCAGCUGAAGUGGUCGCCGUAAGCACGGACGCUGUCCUCACCCCAUACCACGCCAUGCGCACCAUCGCUCGCAUUCAAUCAGGACAGACAGUCCUCAUACUAGGAUGCGGAGGACUAGGGUACAAUGCUGUCCAGAUAGCAAAGAACUGCUGCGGGGCGGGAUGCGUGGUUGCCUCAGACGUCCGAGAUACGAGUCUGCGAGCCGCCGUGGAGGUGGGAGCGGACUACGCGGUCGAACCGGACAGACUUGCAGCCCUGAUCCAGGAGCACAGGCUUAGCAUCGACGUAGUGGUGGACGUAGUCGGGACGGAUGCCAGCUUCCAAACUGCAGUUUCUGCAGUGGCAUUUUGGGGGACGAUUGUGGUGGUAGGCAUGGGGUCAAGCACGAUGGCGCUGCCCAUCUUACCUUCGGCGCUGAAGGAGGUUACCGUCAAAUCGUCCUUCUGGGGCUGUAAGGGGGAGUUGAAGGAGGUCCUCGAAGCCGUUAGGGGGGGGCUCGUUCGACCCCACGUGGAAACGAGACCUCUGUCUGACUGUGGCACGGUCCUGAAAGAGAUGAUGGCCGGGAAGCUCAAAGGAAGGGUUGCGUUGGUCCCAGAUCAGCAGUAA